AUGAACAUCUUGCGAGUGCCCGAAGUUGGUGCGACCGCUUCGGGCGACAAGGCGCGGCCCACCUCGUGCGAGGGAUACGUGACCAAGAGAGGCCACUUCCGCAAGUCCUGGCGCGUCCGGUUCCUCGUGCUGGAUGGGUCGAACCUGAACGUGUCGUACUAUGAAAGCCGCGCGGCGUGCCACCCACCGACCGGCGAGCCGUCUGCACCCAAAGGGAGCUUCUACUUGUCGAGCAUCGAGCCGCACGAAUACGUCGUAGGCGUCAUGGGGGCCGCCGAGAAACCUUUCGGCUUCAAGAUGGUGGGCCACGCCCCCAGGAAGGGAUACGUGGAACUGGACGUGUUCGUCGAGACACUCAACGACCGCAACAAGUGGCUCGAAGUCGCGCGCAAUGCGCUGAGCGCCAAGCGCCAGCUAACGCGCCAGGCCAUCGACCAGAGCGUCAGUCCGAACCGCAAGAACCUCUUCGGCUUCAACAUCUCCUUGUCCCCCCAGCCGAACAUGUCGCCGCAGAAGCAGAUGCAGACCUUGACCAAGAGCAGGGAUGAACUCCUGUCCGACGCGCUGCGCGACAUUGAAGCGGCUAAACAGGUCGGCCGCGAGGCUUGCAAUGAGAUCGUGACCCAGGGCGAGAAGCUCGACGCCAUCGAGCAGGACCUGAGUGCCAUCGACCGCGACCUGGAUUUCGGGGACAAGCUGCUGCGUCGCCUCAAGAGCCCCACUCUGCAUCUCUUCUCGGACGACUCGCGUCCUAAAGCCUCUGCCUCAAAGGCGAGCUCUCCUCAGCGGUCGCAGCAGUCUGGCAGACCCCCGCGUCUCCCACCGGCCAUGGACAGCAUCAACGACGCCGGGGUCAGUGACUUGGAGCGACUCGCCCAAGCGCUGGGCGAGCUUGAAGUGCAGGCCGAGCUGCUCAACGGCGAGGCGGGUCGAGGCACGCAGCAGAUCGAGCGCAUCGAGCACCAGCUCUCGAACGUCACUGCGCGCGUCGAGAAGCAGACCAAACAGGCCUCGGCAGCGCUCGAUUCCGGCCCAAGACUCUUCUAG